AUGACUGCGAGGCAUGAGCUACCUCUGUUUGAUGCAACUCAGUUCUUGGAACUCGUCAAACAGUCAAAUGGAAGUCUAUGGCCUUUGUUGGGACUUACUGAUCAGGUUGAUGAGGCCUUGGUCGCUCAGGUAGAGAAUUUUGAUUUUGCAAUCAUCUCAUCUGGGCAAUAG